UUGGCCUUGUCGGCUUUGUGACGCCCAUACCACGCUCAAGAUUCGCCAGGCUUGAUUUGAAGACGAGCCGUUUAUCCAUGACUUUUUUGGCUUACUAAUGGGGAUGUUAGAGUUCUCCUCGAUUCAUGGGACUGCAGCUUCGACCAGCCAUCAUUUUCGCGUCAAUCUUACCGGAUAAGCAAGCAUGUACAGCGACGCUGACUGAGGUUCAGUUCACAUUGGCAUCUCGAAGAAGGCCCAUACUCCAGAUUAUUUAAGCGCCAGGGAAAUGGCAGAGCUUGCAACUCAUCCGGUGCGGUACCACUAUGAAGCUCAUCAUCACCGGCGCGACAGGCUUCGUUGGCAAAGAGAUUCUGUCUCAAGCGUCGAAGCAUCCGAGAAUCACCAGCAUAGUCACAGUCUCUCGCAGUGCGAUCGCGGCUCCCGAAGGCGUGCCGGCGGACAAAUUCCAGAGCCUUGUCGUGAGCGACUACGACCAGUACACCGACGAGGCGAAGAAGGCGUUCGCCGGGGCGGGCGCGUGCAUCUGGACGGUGGGCCUCACGCCGCGAAAGUACGCGGCAGUCAGCCCGGAGGAAGCCAAGCGCAUAUCCCAUGCAUCGACACUCGCUGGAUUGCAGGCGAUCGCGGAGUCGGCCCCCGCCGAACCGUUCCGGUUCUGCUACAUGAGCGGGGCGGGGGCCGUCCGAGACCAAACCGCCAAGCUCGAAGGCGAGCUCGCUGAGUUCCGCCUCAUGCGCGGCGACGUCGAGAAUGCCGUCCUCGCAUUCGCGUCUGAGCACGCAGGCUUCGGAGCGGCCUCGGUCAGACCGGGACUGAUCACUGAGCGCGCGAAACUCGAGGCGUCGCGCGAGUUCGCGGAAAGCAAAGGCUGGCCGACUGUUGCCCUCGAGGAUUGCGUCGCCACGAUGCUGCACCUGGUCGUCAAUGGGUUCGAGAAGGAUCCGGUGUCGAACGACGAGCUGACGGCCAUUGCGGGGCGAAUCUAGGCAGUGUGCAACCGGCUCAUCCCAUCUGUAAUACCAAGACAUAAACAAUUCUGUGAUUUCAGCUUGAACAUACUUUUGAAAUGAGCUGCCCAGGUCAGAUCUUGGAUGUCGGUGACAAAUAUCCUGCAAGAAUACAGUUCCGGAAAUUCCUCGAAUCUCGAUCGUCUUGCUAGACCAUCUACUUAUCAAGUCGAUCCUG